CAAGUUCAUAAUGAUAUUCAAAACUAGAAAAUAUUCUUUAUUAUUUUUUAUAUUUCUUUUAAAUAUUUUAACUAUACAAGGGCAAAGUGGUAAAAGUAGUGUAACGUUUAUAAUUGAUGAUACGGGAUCGAUGUCUGAUGAUAUAGAACAAGUGAAGUUAGAAGUACAUAGAGUGUUUGAUACUGUAGUAAAGUCGGCAGAAUCACACGUAGAAAAUUUCAUUCUCAUAACAUUCAAUGAUCCGGAUACAUCAUUGUUAAUUGACACAAAAGAUGAAACCGUUUUCAAAAGUCAUUUAAAUUCUAUUCCUGUAGGUGGAGGUGGAGAUUGUCCAGAAUAUUCUAUGACAGGAAUUGAAUUGGGGCUUAAAACAAGUUUGCCUGGCUCUUAUUUUUACGUUUUCACAGACGCUGCUGCGAAAGACUUUAAUAAGUUAGAACGAAUUAAGAGUUUAGCUAUAAGCAAACAAACGCAGGUUGUAUUUCUAUUAACUGAAGGAUGUGAUAAUAAUUACGAUGAUCCCAAAUAUAAAGUAUACGACGUACUUGCUACUGCCACAUCGGGAAGAGUAUUUCACAUGAGAAAAACAGAAAUUGGAGAGAUUAUGAAAUAUAUAGCAGAUACAGUUGAGAGCAGAAAAACAAAAAUUGUUGAUAAAAAAUUUAAACCUGGAUAUGGUCAUACGUUUGAGUACGAGCUGGAUCAUAAAACUAAUGGUUCGAGUAUAAUUAUAUCAGGUAAAGAACCUAAAGGAAAAGUAACGAACCCAGAUGGAACAAUUAACUCUGAUCCUAUUGUUAACGUAUCCGAAGUAACGAUAUUUAAAACGCCCUCCAUGCCUGGCAAGUACAUCGCUGAAGUUGGUAGUAAGUCAGAAACAAGCGUCGUAGUUAUGGCCGCCUCUAAAAUUAACUUUCAACAUGGUUUCUCUGUGUUUCAACCGACUUCACUUGUUGCUACCACUAUUAAACCUAUAGCAGAUACAAAAUCUUACUUGUCGAUUGCACUUAAGACGGACGAUGACCAUACUGAAUUAAAGAAGAUAAUAAUCGUGGAUUUAGAUGAUAACAUUAUUUUGGAAAAGCCUGUAAAACCAAUUAACAUUAAAAAUAAAUUCUAUACAUCGGAACCUUUUGUGCCGCCAAAUACUAUAUUUAAAGUUGGGAUACUGGCCUACGAUCCAAAAACGAACAAGACAAUAAAAAGAUUUGGUAUAACGCCUAUAGAACCACAAAAACCUGAAUUAGAUCCUAGCCCUGAAAAUUCGCCUCCUACCGUAACUAUUUUGGAUGGAAAUGAACUAAGUGCUGACUAUGGCGAAUCUUUAAAAAUAACCUGUAAAGUACAUGGAUAUCCACAACCAGAAAUUAUUUGGGAAAAUGCAAUUUCAUUUGCAGUCCUAGAAAGUAAAACAACUGUACUGGAGCCUCCAUAUGACUACAUAAGCACAUUGGAAAUAGACAAGAUCAACGAAAAUGUGACAUAUAGAUGCAAAGCAAGUAUCGAUGGUGUAGUAAAUAGUAAAGAGAUAGAAAUUAAAACAAUAAUGAUGUACUAUUUUGAUAUGAUAGAGAUUCCCAAAGAUUUGGAUAUAGAAUACAAAAGAGAUGGUACAGUCAGUUGCAAAGUAGAUGCAAAUCCACCUGCGACUAUAACAUGGUAUGCAAACGGAGAAGAAAUACAUAGUGAUGGCAAAAAUACAGAAAUAUCUGAAGAGAAUUCAAUUCUUACUAUUAAAAACAUGGAACCACACUUACAAGGAAGGUACAUGUGCGAAGUCAGAAAUGAAUUUGAGAGAAAUGUUACAAAUUUCCAUGUGAGAAUUACUGGCCUCGAAAAACCCGUUAUUAGUAAAGGGACGCCUAAAAUUAAUGUGCUGAAAGGUCGAAGUAUUAAACUAUCAUGCAGGAUCACACGUGGUUCACCAACGCCUAAAAUGUCUUGGAUAUUAAAAAAAGACUCUAAUCUGUACGACCUACACCGAAACACUGAAUCUUUUUAUUUGGAGGAUGUAACGCCUACACAUAACGGAGUGUACAGAUGCAUUGCUACGAAUAUAGUUGGCGACGACUAUCACGAUAUUGAAGUUACUGUAAACUAUCCACCAGAAAUAAAAAGUAUCAGCAGAAACUUACAAGCUGUAAAGGGUUCAAAGCCAUUACUAAUUUGUUCAGCCGAUGGAGUACCAACUCCUCGUGUUAGCUGGUUACUAGAUGAUACCCCAGUAGCAAUUGAUGAAGAUCAUCAAAUAUACAGAGACAAUAGCUUAAGAAUCACAGCUUCAGAAGAUAACAGUGGCAUCUACACUUGUGUAGCGGAGAACAAACACGGCAUAGCUAAAAGAACUAUUCAAGUUAAUUACAUUGAGCCAGUCACCAUCAAGAUACCUGACAGGUCCACAAUUGACACCAAAGUGGGAAAAAAUGUGAGUUUACCCUGUCAUGCUGAAGGAUAUCCUAAACCUGAUAUCAAGUGGGUAUUUUACAGCCUCAACCCUGAAGUACGAUCGAAAAUAUUGGAGGGUGAGAAAGGCACUUUACUUCUGAGAACAAUACAACAAGAUCAAAGUGGAUUCUACACAUGCAUUGCUAAUAACACUGGAAGCUCUGGCAAUAUUACUUAUGAAAUUAAAGUAUACGCUCCUCCUGUUAUAACAAAUGCACAUCCAGACAAAGUAUAUACUGCUGUUAUGAAAGAUUUAGUUCUACGUGUACCCUGCAUUGCUACUGGUAACCCUAAACCAAAAAUAUCAUGGUAUCUACGUAGUCUGCCCGUUCCAAAAGGCGAAUGGUACGAUGUGGAAGAAGAUGGAACUCUAGUCAUAAAAAAUCCCGAUAACAACUCUGGUGGAUACUAUACGUGCAGAGCAAAAAACAAAUUAGGCAGUGAUCAGAAAUACUUUCGCGUGGCUGUCAAACGAGCUCCUGAUGAACAAGUCCCUACAUCUACAAUAGUAAUCAAAGAAAAUGAGACAGUUCCUAUUAAAUGCAAUAUUCCUCAUGAUAAAGUUGAUAUGCUGCGAUGGUUUAAGAAUGAGAGAAUAAUAUAUAUUGGAGAAUUAACUAUAAAUAACGCUCAAAGAGCAGAUACAGGUCUGUACACAUGUCGUGUGAGUAAUUUCAUAGAAUCUUCAUCUUCUACUACGAAAGUAACAGUUGGUCUAGCUCCGAGAUUUAUUGAAGAUGUCGAAACAGAAUUCAAUUAUGAAGAAGGAACAUUAAUUUUUAUGGAUUGUGGAGUUGAAGGAGAACCGGCUCCUCAAGUAUCGUGGUGGCACAAUGAUGAUAAAAUAGAUGAAGUCGGGUCAACCUAUGUUUUACAAAUGGAUACUACAAGUUUGGGACAAUAUACGUGUGUAGCUAGUAAUGAAGUAGGCAGUGUUAAACGUACAUUUACAGUUGUUGUAGCAGAUUGUUUACUAAAUAUUGAGGACGAAUUUUACGGCAAUCAACCUUUAAUGGUAACUGAGGACUUCCAAUUACCAACAUAUGAUAUAUUUAAUAAAUAUGUGCGAGUGCCUAUAAAUGAAGGCGUAAUUUUAUCAUGUCCUGAAAGUUUCAAUGUAUUACGAGCAAGGGAGGUUAUAGCUAGAUGCGUGAACGAGUCUAAUUUCGAUAUAAAUGGUAAAAUUUAUAAAUACUCUGAUUUAAAAUGUACUACCCUAGCUAAACCUGUCUUUAGAAACACAGGCCUGCAUUGUGCUGGACCUAGAACCGAAUCAAUUAAGGUUGGUUAUUUAGCACGAAGAGAAUUUCUUGAAGUUUAUGAAGUAUGCUUGGAUAAAAAAAAACGGAUUCCGUUAUACACCAAAAGUACUUUGAAUUGGGCUAUGGCUGGUAUUGAAUCCAAAGAUGCAAAAUGGACAAAUUACGAAUCUUUGCCAUACGAUUUUAAUGCAUUAUAUGAUUGCUCAAAUCAGAUACAUGAGAUAUCUUUUAAAUUGGGUAGACGGUUCCAUACUGAUGACGGUUGCUGUUUUGCAAAAAGACAAUUGCUUAGUUCAAAAGAUGUAAGACCUGGCCUUCCACAAAUUGCCACCUUUACCAACUUAAAUAUUAUUCCCCAAUGGAGUACUUGUGAUUGGACGAAUUGGAAUGAAGUCGAGCAACGUGUAAGAAAUUUAGCCAAAUCUACGUCAGAUAAAUUGCUGGUUUGGACUGGUACUUCAAAACAACUGGAACUUCCUGGUGAAAGUUAUGGCAAUACUUCUAUAAGUAUAAGUGAUGGUACUAAUGAACAACCCAUCCCACAAUACAUAUGGAAGGUAGUCCAAAAUUCUCCAACCAGAGAGUCGCUUGCUAUCAUCCAAGUCAAUAUUCCCGACUUGAAUUCAGGGAAUAAAAAUGAACACAUGCUUUGUCCAGAUAUUUGUGACAAAAUCCCAUGGAUGGAAAACAAAGCCUGGAAAGAUCCAAGCAGAGGUUUUGUUUAUUGUUGCAACAUUCGAGACUUUGAACGAGCUUUUGGGUUUGGUAAAGAUUUCAGUAUAAGUGGCGAUAGAAUUCUUUAUGGCGUCUCUUUAAUUUCUGUUCAUUCUGUACUCAUAUAA